AUGCUCGCUCCUCCGCCUGUUGCUGCCAAUGGCGUCGCCUGCGCUGCCGGCGACACGUGGCAACGCGCGGCGGGUUUGGCGGCGGGAAAUGCGGUGCAGCUGGCGGGGAUGGACGAGAGCAUGCAGGCGCUGCGCGAAGUGGUAGUGUGGCCGAUUAAGUACGCCAAAGAGGCCGCCGCGCUGGGCCUGAAGUGGCCUUCAGGUGUUCUGCUGUACGGCCCACCAGGCACAGGCAAGACGCUACUGGUGAGGGAGAUCGCGCGGGAGUGCAACGCACGGCUCUUCACUGUCACGUCCUCUUCCAUCUUUGGAGCAUACGCGGGGGAGAGUGAGAGGCGGCUGAGGGACGUCUUUGAUGCGGCCAGAGGGGGAAAGGCGGUGGAUGGGGGGCAGGGGUUGGGAUUUACUGAGGGAUUGGAGGAGAGAGGGGUGGAGGGAGGGGUGGAAGGUGGUUCGGAGGGAGGUGCUGCAGACGUGCGGCCGUCGAUUGUGUUUAUCGACGAGAUCGACGUGCUGUGCCCCAAACGAGACUCCAGCCCCAACGCACUAGAUGCCGCACUACGCCGGCCGGGGAGAUUCGACCGCGAGAUUGCGAUCAACGUGCCAGGGACGAGGGAGAGAGAGGCGAUUCUCAAGGUGAGCUGUGAAUCCCCUAAGCGAUCUCACGGCCAACCUGCUGCUGCUCACUUGUCUUCUCUGUCUCCCCUCUCCCCCCCCUCCUUCCUCCCCUUCUCCCUCCCCUCCUCCCUCCCUGCUUUUCCCCAGCUGCACGCGCGCUCCCUGCCCCUGCAUGCUGACGUGGACAUGCGCCAGCUGGCGGCACGCUGCAAGGGCUACGUGGGUGCUGACCUGGCAGCCGUGUGCCGCGAGGCUGCUCUUGCUGCUGUCAUGGAGAUGGCUGCUGGGGAGGAGGAGAGUGUUGCUGGAGAAGGGGAGGGGCUGGUGUGGAUGAGGCACUUUGAAGCGGCACUCUCUCGUGUGGGUCCCUCUGUUACUCGAGGAGUGGCAGCUGAGCUGCCUGCUGUCACGUGGAACGACAUUGGAGGGUUAGAGGGCGUCAAGAAACGGCUACAGAUGUCGGUGGAGUGGCCCUUACAGCACCCUGAAGCCUUCCUGCGCCUCGCUCUCACCCCCCCAAGGGGCGUGCUGCUGCACGGCCCACCUGGAGGCGGCAAGACAAUGCUGGCCCUCGCUGCUGCGCAUGCCUCCAAGGCCACACUCUUCUCUCUCAGGUGGGCUUUCUUUCUUCUGGGUCGACUACAGAAUCCGUUCUUACUCCUUAAGAGGAGUGCUGCUGCACGGCCCACUUGGGGGUGGCUUUUGAGUUGCAGAGGCAGCGAAGAGGUCGGCCCUCCCGGGAGCGGCAAGGCCAUGCUCACCCUCGCUGCUGCCCAAGCCUCCAAGGCAACCGCUGCAGACCUAUUCUCCAUGUAUGAGGCCGAGGGCGAGGCCAUGCGUCAAGACACACCUAUGGUCCUUUCAUUCCAUGCUUCCUUUCGCCCCCAUCCCUUUUCUGACUGCAGCGGUGCGGACCUGUUCUCCAUGUACGUGGGCGAGGGGGAGGCUAUGCUGAAAGACACGUUUCGCCUGGCUCGCAUGGCGGCUCCCAGCGUGGUGUUUGUGGACGAGGUCGACGUGGUGGGGGGACGCAGCACGGGAAGCAGCACAAGCAGCAGCACUAGGAACACGGUGCAAGGAGAAUCAAACGACACAUCUGCUUCCUCCUCCUCAUCUUCGUCAGUGCUGGUGAUAGCAGCAACCAACCGCUUCCAAGCCCUGGAUCCGGCCAUCAUCCGCCCAGGACGGUUCGACUCGAUCAUCUACGUACCACCGUUGGACGAAGCAGGCAGGCUGCACGCGUUGCAGAUCCACACGUCUGCCAUGUGCCUCGCUGCUGACGUCAGCCUGCCAGCUGUCGCCGCCCGCACGGCGCUGUUCACCGGCGCUGACGUGGCAGCAGCAGCAGCAGCAGCAGCAGGAGCAGCAGGAGCAGCAGGAGCAGCAGCAGGAGCAGCAGGAGCAGCAGGAGCAGCAGGAGCAGCAGCAGCAGCAGGAGCAGCAGCAGGAGCAGCAGCAGCAGCAGGAGCAGCAGCAGGAGCAGCAGGAGCAGCAGGAGCAGCAGCAGGAGCAGCAGCAGCAGCAGGAGCAGCAGCAGGAGCAGCAGGAGCAGCAGGAGCAGCAGCAGGAGCAGCAGGAGCAGCAGGAGCAGCAGCAGGAGCAGCAGGAGCAGCAGGAGCAGCAGCAGGAGCAGCAGGAGCAGCAGGAGCAGCAGCAGGAGCAGCAGGAGCAGCAGGAGCAGCAGCAGGAGCAGCAGGAGCAGCAGGAGCAGCAGGAGCAGCAGCAGCAGCAGGAGCAGCAGCAGGAGCAGCAGCAGCAGCAGGAGCAGCAGCAGGAGCAGCAGGAGCAGCAGGAGCAGCAGCAGGAGCAGCAGGAGCAGCAGGAGCAGCAGCAGGAGCAGCAGAAGCAGCAGGAGCAGCAGGAGCAGCAGGAGCAGCAGGAGCAGCAGCAGCAGCAGGAGCAGCAGCAGGAGCAGCAGCAGCAGCAGGAGCAGCAGCAGGAGCAGCAGGAGCAGCAGCAGGAGCAGCAGGAGCAGCAGCAGCAGCAGGAGCAGCAGCAGGAGCAGCAGCAGCAGCAGGAGCAGCAGCAGGAGCAGCAGGAGCAGCAGGAGCAGCAGCAGGAGCAGCAGGAGCAGCAGGAGCAGCAGCAGGAGCAGCAGCAGCAGCAGGAGCAGCAGCAGGAGCAGCAGGAGCAGCAGGAGCAGCAGCAGGAGCAGCAGGAGCAGCAGGAGCAGCAGGAGCAGCAGCAGCAGCAGGAGCAGCAGCAGGAGCAGCAGGAGCAGCAGGAGCAGCAGGAGCAGCAGCAGGAGCAGCAGGAGCAGCAGCAGGAGCAGCAGGAGCAGCAGCAGCAGCAGGAGCAGCAGCAGGAGCAGCAGCAGCAGCAGGAGCAGCAGCAGGAGCAGCAGGAGCAGCAGGAGCAGCAGCAGGAGCAGCAGGAGCAGCAGGAGCAGCAGCAGGAGCAGCAGGAGCAGCAGCAGCAGCAGCAGGAGCAGCAGGAGCAGCAGCAGGAGCAGCAGGAGCAGCGGCGGCCGCAUCUAAUAUCCCCCCAUGUGUUUCCCAAGAGCACUUUGACGCUGCACUGAUGGUGGUUCGGCCCUCGUUGACUGAACUGGAGGUUAGAGCAUACGAGCGAGACGCAUAA